AAAGGAUUUAACUAGAGCAUAACAGGAUGCUUAAACCUUUUACAUUUAUACUCUAUGUUCUAAGUUACUUGUGUGGUUUAAGAGUUUAUGUAAUCUGAUUUGUUAUGCCAUUUAAGUGGCAAGAUUUUAAUAUUAUCCUUGAAAAUAUUUAACAUUUAUUUGUGUCUACAUUGUGAGCAAGGUUAUUGUAAAACCACAGUUAAUUUUCAUAAGGAUUAUAACCGUUUCCAGGGGUUAAAGUAAAAAAAUCCUGAGCCUGAACUUUCAUAUUGCGGGGUUGCGAGAGUAGACACAUAUGCAGGGUUAUUUGUCAAAUAAAAAAGAACAUUAUUUCCCUUGAAACUAAUUAGUAACAUGUCGUUUUUGAGCUUCUCAGACAGACGUUUCCUAAACUUUGAUGAAAUGUGUAUGGAUCACUGACUCUAAAGAAAUGGGGGCAUAAUUAUAACCCACAAAACCAUAGCUUUAUGCAAUUAUCGUAUACAAAAACAUAGCUUAAAAUACCAAAUUCAACCAAAUUCAUCAUGAUUAAAUUCCUACUUUAUAAUAAGAAAAUAAAUAAGACUCAUAUUUUUGGCCUAAUGAGGUUGGCAUUUUGAGAGCAAAAUAAAGAGACCAGAUCUAUGAUUUAGUCAUUUAGCAGAAGCUUUUAUCCAAAGCGAUUAAAUGGUUUCAUAGGUAUUAAUGGUGAUGAUGUGGCACAAGUCAUAUCCACAACAAAUAGAAAUGAGAGAUUCAAGUUGGUCAAAGCAGGUAAGCAUAGAUGAGCCCUCAAAAAAGCAAGCGUGACUUUUUUUAUCUCGUUUUUUUUAUAAUGAUUUGUGGAGGCACAUUUAUUUUCCAUUUUUAAACUCCUUUUUGCACUACAAACUGUGAAACGAAAAUAAUAUAAAAUCCUAUUAAAGUUACAAAGGUUACGGAGUCAGCAGUGAGUGGGACAUUUGUUUGAUUUAUAUCAAGCACAUAGAAUGGCAGGAAUAUCAGGCUGCUGUCACUAAUGUAUUAACAUCAGAUUUCUUUCUCAACUUUUUACGCUCACUUCAUACAAAAACCACCAUAUUUAUGACUUAACUCUGUGAGAUAAGUGCAAUAAGCUGUGAAAAUGUUUAAAGAAAAGGAUUUAGACGCUUUAGAAAUCGAUCCUUGAUUUCUCAAUCGCAGUUAGCGCGCGCGCAUGAGCGUGUCAGUGACGCGCAGAAGUGGAGGUGUGAUCAGAUGAUUUGCCGAAACAACACAAAGUAAUCGAUCUUUAUGUCAAAGUCUCUCAUUUGUACAUGUCACAUUUGUCAUAAUGGACUUAAAAGCUGCCCUCCGCUUUGGCUUUAUAAACUUACUCUCGAUCCUGCCGACUUGGCGUAUCACUCCAGCAACCAAGACACGCCCCCCCCCCCCGCGUUUCUAUUCUGAUUGGACAGUCUCAUACCAUUGGGAGAAGGUCCGCUGUGCAGUCGUGCAGGCAUGACUAUGGUUUGUCUCAACGAUUUUGAGGAGUAUGCCAAACAACAUCUCUCAAAAUCCACAUGGGACUAUUAUGCUGCUGGAGCUGAUGAAUGUUACACUAGAGAUGACAACUUGCUGGCUUACAAACGGAUCCGCUUUAGGCCAAGGAUUUUACGUGACGUGUCGGUCAGCGACACUAGGACCACGGUACUAGGAACUGAGAUCAAUUUCCCUGUGGGAAUUGCACCCACGGGCUUCCACUGCCUGGCGUGGUAUGAGGGAGAAAUGGCCACGGCCAGAGCCACUGAAGCGGUGAACACUUGCUAUAUAACAAGCACAUACUCCACAUGCUCUGUGGAGGAGAUCUCUGCCGCAGCACCCAACGGUUACCGCUGGUUUCAGCUGUACCUAUACCGUGACCGUAAACUAUCAGAGCAGAUUGUGCGAAGAGUGGAAGCGCUCGGUUAUAAGGCCCUGGUGCUCACAGUGGAUGUACCCUAUACUGGUAAACGGCGCAAUGACAUCCGCAACCAGUUUAAACUCCCUCCUCACCUGAAGGUCAAGAACUUUGAUGGGAUGUUUCAGGAGCAAAAAAGCUGCGUUGAAGAAUAUGGGGUCCCGGCUAACACAUUAGAUCCAUCAAUCAGCUGGAAGGAUGUGAGCUGGCUCCAGUCUCUAACACAUCUCCCUAUGAUCAUUAAGGGCAUCCUCACAAAAGAAGAUGCAGAGCUAGCUGUAGAGCAUGGGGUCCAAGGCAUAAUUGUGUCAAAUCAUGGAGGCCGACAACUAGAUGGAGGACCCGCGACAAUAGAUUGUCUGCCUGAGAUAGUAGAAGCAGUGCAGGGCCGUGUUGAGGUCUACAUGGACGGGGGCAUCCGCACGGGCAGCGAUGUGCUGAAGGCUAUAGCCUUGGGAGCCAAAUGUGUGUUUAUUGGCAGACCGGCAAUCUGGGGCCUCGCUUACAAGGGGGAGGAAGGAGUAAAGGAGGUGUUGCAGAUGCUGCAAGAUGAGUUCCGUUUAUCUAUGGCGUUAUCAGGUUGCAGAAAUGUUUCUGAGAUCAACAGGAGCCUCAUUCAGUUCUCCAGACUUUGAAUAUCCAUGAGAUCUACAGUUAUUUACAUAACAAUAAUCCACAAUGUAUACUUCAAGUGGUGUAUGAAUGUUCACAAAUGUUCACAUGAUGGUAAUAUAUAACUGACUACAGUGUUUUUAUUUCAAUCAUAAACUUUGCAAAUAAAUUUCAGUUCAUCUGAUUAA